CAGCGCUCUGGAAUAUUUUAUUACGUGUAGGCUACGCUGUAAUGUAUAUAAAAACAUAUGAUUUUAUUUUCUUGAGCGAUUUAACUUGAUAAAGCUAAUGAUAACAAUGAAGUUAAUCCUCCACUAGCAGCCGAGAACAAACAGUUGCUUCUGUGGUAACACCCCUUGCGUAUGGUCAACAUUUUAGCCUUUCUUAAGGCUUAUUUUUUGUUUACUGCCUAACAAACCGAUUAUGAAAGAAAUAAAAGAGGAGAGUACUGAAAUAAAGGAGAUGAAGGACGAUAAGGACCUCAUUUGUAGUCUUUGUAAGCGCAGCGACAACUGUCCAGAAAAGUAUGGGGAGAAGAUCACCCUCGAACAGCAAAACCUGACUGUCCACUAUUUCUGUUUGCUGGUCUCUAGUGGGGUAUUUCAGAGAGGGGAGGAGCAUGAAGGCAUUCAUGGGUUUCUGGUGAAUGACAUCAAAAAGGAGAUUCGCAGAUCUUCUAAGCUGAAGUGCACGCACUGUAAAAUGUAUGGCGCUUCAGUGGGGUGUUUCAUCAGAACCUGCAGGCAGAUGGUCCACAUGCCUUGUGGAAUAGAGCAGGAGUUUAUAUUCCAGUUCACAGACUCAUUUCCGUCUUACUGUAAAAAGCACGCGCCUAUUCAGACCUGCGUCUCCAGCCCGAGUCUUCCACUUCCCUGCUCUGUGUGUCUGGAGCCAAUUGAACCUGUACUCUCCUACAAUGUGCUCAAGUGUCCUGCAUGUCAUGGAAGCUGGUUUCAUAGGGCUUGUGUACAGCAACAUGCACACAGUGCUGCUAUGUUCUUCUUCAAAUGCACGCUCUGCAAUAACAAAGACCAGUUCCAGCAAGAAAUGAUUAGGAUGGGAAUACACAUACCAGAGAGAGAUGCAUCUUGGGAACUAGAAGAAAAUGCCUUUGGAGAAUUGCUGCAAGUGUACCAGCACUGUGAUGCCAGCAAGUGUCUAUCUCAAAAGGGUCGUAAACACGGCACACUCUCAGGCGUUUGGGAAAUUAUUCGUUGUAUGCUCUGUGGAUCCAGGGGAACUCAUCGGAGGUGCUCCUUCCUCAAGCUUUACGAAACUGACUGGACAUGUGCGGAAUGCAAAGCCGCUGUUGAGGAGAAAAAUUCGGUGCCCUUACCCAACUAUACUAAAUCUCCACUGGCUGAAAGGCAAGAGAGGAAGAGGUUAUUUAAAGGAUGUAUCUCUGACCUUCAUUCCUCCCUCAUCUCUAAAAGGCAGUGUCUGCCAGCCACUUCUGCAGAGAUCCUAAUGGGUCUGGCUUGUCAGAUAUCACAGCAGCAGUGCACAGAGGUGUUAGUGGGAGAUGGUAAUGAUGAUGGGGUGGUGAAAGCAGCUCUUGCGGUUUUGCGGCAAAGUGACUUUAAUCCCUGCUACACACUUUCUGUCAAGUUCUCCAAAGAUAAACUAAACAACAAACUCAGAAAUCAACGUUGGUUCCUCAGACGUCUUGUUCACAACUUGCAGACGUCUGAAGUCUUUGGGGGACUUGAUGGAGCUAAAAACCUGGUUCUGAACUCGCAAGCUCUGAGGGAUGAUCUUUACUAUGAGGUCGGCAGCCUGUUGGCCAUCUCUUUGGUUCAUGGUGGUCCCCUAGUGGGCUUCUUCUCUCCAGCGCUGUACCACAGUCUGUUCAGCUACCCUACAGACUACAGACCUACACUACAAGACCUUGGAGACACUGUUUUGGCACACAAAAUCAGAAGAAUUGCAGACGCAAACUCCACAAGUCAGUUAAGAAGUGCAAUGCUGUCAGCCAGAGAGUACUUGGAAGCAGCAGGCUGUUGGCGGAAAGUCAGUAAGCUCUCAGAAAAAGACAUGUUGGUGGAGGAUGUUCUCAAUUUUUACUUGAUCAUCAGACUACAGCUGCCUCUGCAGAGGUUUCGGGAGGGUCUAAGGACGCUUGGAGUUUUUGAGGAGGUUCAGAUGUGCGCUGAAAGUUUCUAUUCAGUUUUCUGUGGCCCCGUGGAGACGAUGACAGCUAAAUCAAUCCUGCAGCUCUUUACCACACGGUUUUCAGAGGAGGAAGAUCUGAAGGCAAAAGAAAACACAACCAUAAACUUUUGGGAACAGUAUCUACAUGAGUGUGAGGAGGGCCAGUGUGCAACAUCAAUCGAGGACAUUCUUACAUUUGCUACUGCUACAGAUGCAGUUCCAGCCAUCGGAUUCAAUAUCACACCCACUCUUUCUUUCCUAAACUCUCCAGACCCUUCCUGUGCCUUUCCCCAGAGCCACUGUGUCAAUCAUCUCAUUCUUCCUAUACUACCCUCUUAUGAGGUGUUUAAGAAACACGUGGACUAUGCAGUGUGUCAGUUUUCUGUUAUGCAGUACAUUUGAAGAAGUCUUUUCUGUAGAUUAGACAGGGUCUUACCCAGUUAUCUGCGAUGGUGCUAAAUGUUUAUUUAAUGGAGUUACUGAGUAUUAUUUAAACAAUAUUUUUUGUUUCUAGCUCACAUUAGCAUUACUUUAUUAGGUUAUCUCAACCGUAUGUUGCCCUUGACCCAUUUUUUACAUUUAUCAGUCAUUUGAUAUCCCCAGCUAUCAUUGUAUUAGCAAUUAUAAAUAGAGAAUGACGGUGUCUAGGUUGUUACAGUAUUCUACAAUUCUGCAAAUACCUUUUACCUUACAAGAAACAUAAAAGAGCAAUCACAAGUCAGCCAGUCAUCCGAAUAAUUUGUUGUUUUUUCCAAAACUUAAAUCUGGGCCUCUUCUAUGAAGCAUGUUCUUUACAAACUUGGAUUCAUAACAGUGAGUUUAUUGAAGUAUUUUUGAAGUUCUUGAAAACCAGGCAUUUAUUUAGGUUUAGGCUCAUGUAAAUAUGGCUAAUAAUAUACAUUGCUUUAAUGGGAUCAGAACUGUUCUUACCAGCCACACCAUUCAGAGUUGCACCAGUUUUACCACCGUUAAAAUGUUCAGUAGUUAGUGUUUAUGUGUUUGAGUACCAAGCAACUGGAUUUUUUAUUUUCUCACAACAAUGUUCACAAUGAACAGUUCUUGUUUACAAGAUAGCCACAAGAUGGUGCAAUUGCAACUUUAUUGUUUAUUACUAGCCACAUUCCAGUUUUCCCAUAAUAGAUCAAUGCUACUCCACUACACAUGCAUCCUAAGCUGGUUUUCUCUUACACCAAUGAUAGGAAUCAUACACGAGCAAUGUAUGUUUUUUCCCAUUUGUAUAUUAUUCUUGUGUUCUUUGAGGUCGUUGUUUGAGCAUUAUGUCUGUCAUAAUUUAUUAAACUUUCUUA